AUGCAGUUCGACUAUGAGAAGUGUCGAUUCGGUGUGCAACGGGAAAAGGAAGGCACGGGACGUAUAUCGAUGUGGCGAGAGGGAAUCGCGAACAGCUACACACUGGAGGCCACAUUUUGCGGAUUCGGUGAAGAUCCUCUCACAGGCGGUUACCAUUUCAAUUUUCUUGAUUACGAAAAAAUGGGACAUCAAUUUUGUGAAACACUAUUGGAUUUUUGUGAUCCGGACGAGGCAAAACGAGAACUUGUCUUGGCCGAGCUGGAACGGCUUCGUAAUUUGGCCAGAGUUCGUCGAGGAGGUUCGGUUGCUGGUUCAAUGUCCGACUAUUCGUCCGAGGAGUGUAGUUCACUUGGCAUUGUGCUGAAAGUCGGUGAAAUAAAAAAUUUCCUACUGAUAUUGUAUCAUCGACUGAAAAUAAUUCCUUCAGUUAUUUUAUCACUUAUCGAAUCUCGAUUGGGAUCAACUCUUCUCAAUAUUGAUUUUCAGAAGAAAAAGAAAUUGCCCAAACGAAAAUCACUUGUACAAAGACAACGGGAAUCAACCUCACAUUCACCGGCCAUGAUGGAUGACGUGCACAAUUUUAUUGCCAUAUUGAUCACGCAAAACGUUUCUGAUCCGGUCACCUCGGACAACUCAAAAAAACGUGGUUUUGUUUUUCAGUUAAGACAUCUCCUUGGGAAGGCUGACGACUCAGAUAUUUGA